AUGGCAGCUGGUGGUGUGACGUCUCAUCAUGGUGAGGAACACUGUCUCUCAGAUAUGAGGAUUGUGCUGCUGGGGGGGAGAUGGAGUGGGAAGAGUUCAGCAGGAAACACCAUCCUGGGCAGAGAGGAGUUUGAGUCUGGAAUAAGAACUGCACAGUGUGUGAAGAGACAGGGUGAAGUAGCUGGGAGACAGGUCACUGUGGUUGACACACCAGGCUGGUGGAGGAAUUAUUCUGUGAAGGACACUGCAGAGCUGGAUAAACAGGAGAUUGUGCGCAGUGUUUCUCUGUGUCUCCCGGGACCCUGUGCUCUCUUCCUGGUCAUUGAUGUGAGCUCAACAUUCAGAGAGAAACACAGGAGAUCAGUGGUGGAACACCUGGAGCUUCUCAGUGAGAGAGUCUGGAGACACACUAUAGUGCUGUUCACCUGGGAAGACUGGCUGGGAGACACAACCAUUGAGCAGCACAUUGAGACUGAAGGGAGGGCCCUCCAAGAGCUCAUAGAGAAAUGUGGGAACAGGUAUCAUGUUCUCAACAAUGAGAACAGGGCUGAUGGGACUCAGGUCACAGAGCUGCUAGAGAAGAUAGAGGAGAUGAUGGCAGGGCAUGGAGGCUCUCACUAUGAAAUAGACAGAAUGCUCUUACAGGAGGUGGAAGAGAAGAGGAGGGCAAUGGAAGAACGAGUGAAACAGAGGAUGACAAAGGUUUGGAAACAGAGAAAGAUCUUCAGAGCACUUUUUGAGGGUGAGGAACACCAUCACUCAGAGCUGAGGAUUGUGCUGCUAGGGGACAGAGGGAGUGGGAAGAGUUCAGCAGGAAACACCAUCCUGGGCAGAGAGGAGUUUGAGUCUGAAAUAAGAACUGCACAGUGUGUGAAGAGACAGGGUGAAGUAGCUGGGAGACAGGUCACUGUGGUCGACACACCAGGCUGGUGGACAGAUAAUUCUGUGAAGGACACUGCAGAGCUGGAUAAACAGGAGAUUGUGCGCAGUGUGUCUCUGUGUCCCCUGGGACCCUGUGCUCUCUUCCUUGUCAUUGAUGUGAGCUCAGCAUUCAGAGAUACAGAGAGGAGAUCAGCAGUGGAACACCUGGAGCUUCUCAGUGAGAGAGUCUGGAGACACACUAUAGUGCUGUUUACCUGGGGAGACUGGCUGGGAGACACAAUCAUUGAGCAGCACAUUGAGGCUGAAGGGAGGGCCCUCCAGGAGCUCAUAGAGAAAUGUGGGAACAGGUAUCAUGUUCUCAACAAUGAGAACAGGGCUGAUGGGACUCAGGUCACAGAGCUGCUGGAGAAGAUAGAGGAGAUGACGGCAGGGAAUGGAGGCUCUCACUAUGAAAUAGAUAGAAUGCUCUUACAGGAGGUGGAAGAGAAGAGGAGGGCAAUGGAAGAACGAGUGAAACAGAGGAUGACGAAUGUUCGGAAACAGAGAAAGACUCUCCAGGCACUUUUUGAGGGGGAGGAACACCGUCUCUCAGAGCUGAGGAUUGUGCUGCUGGGGGAGAGAGCGAGUGGGAAGAGUUCAGCAGGAAACACCAUCCUGGGCAGAGAGGAGUUUGAGUCUGGAAUAAGAACUGCACAGUGUGUGAAGAGACAGGGUGAAGUAGCUGGGAGACAGGUCACUGUGGUCGACACACCAGGCUGGUGGUGGGAUUAUUCUGUGAAGGACACUGCAGAGCUGGAUAAACAGGAGAUUGUGUGCAGUGUGUCUCUGUGUCCCCCGGGACCCUGUGCUCUCUUCCUGGUCAUUAAAGUGAGCUCAGCAUUCAGAGAUACACACAGGAGAUCAGUGGUGGAACACCUGGAGCUUCUGAGUGAGAGAGUCUGGAGACACACUAUAGUGCUGUUCACGAGGGGAGACUGGCUGGGAGACACAAUCAUUGAGCAGCACAUUGAGACUGAAGGGAGGGUCCUCCAAGAGCUCAUAGAGAAAUGUGGGAACAGGUAUCAUGUUCUCAACAAUCAGAACAGGGCUGAUGGGACUCAGGUCACAGAGCUGCUGGAGAAGAUAGAGGAGAUGAUGGCAGGGCAUGGAGGCUCUCACUAUGAAAUAGAUAGAAUGCUCUUACAGGUGGAAGAGAAGAGGAGGGCAGUGGAAGAACGAGUGAAACAGAGGAUAAUGAAGGUUCACAAACAGAGAAAGACUCUGAGAGCACUUUUUGACGUGGAACACCAUCUCUCAGAGCUGAGGAUUGUGCUGCUGGGAGGGAGAUGGAGUGGGAAGAGUUCAGCAGGAAACACCAUCCUGGGCAGAGAGGAGUUUGAGUCUGGAAUAAGAACUGCACAGUGUGUGAAGAGACAGGGUGAAGUAGCUGGGAGACAGGUCACUGUGGUCGACACACCAGGCUGGUGGAGGAAUUAUUCUGUGAACGACACUGCAGAGCUGGAUAAACAGGAGAUUGUGCGCAGUGUGUCUCUGUGUCCCCCGGGACCCUGUGCUCUCUUCCUGGUCAUUAAUGUGAGAUCAGCAUUUAGAGAUACACACAGGAGAUCAGCGGUGGAACACCUGGAGCUUCUCAGCGAGAGAGUCUGGAGACACACUAUAGUGCUAUUCGCCUGGGGAGACUGGCUGGGAGACAAAACCAUUGAGCAGCACAUUGAGACUGAAGGGAGGGUCCUCCAAGAGCUCAUAGAGAAAUGUGGGAACAGGUAUCAUGUUCUCAACAAUAAGAACAGGGCUGAUGGGACUCAGGUCACAGAGCUGUUGGAGAAGAUAGAGGAGAUGAUGGCAGGGCAUGGAGGUUCUCACUAUGAAAUAGAUAGAAUGCUCUUACAGGAGCUGGAAGAGGAGAGGAGGGCAGUGGAAGAAUGUGUGAAACAGAGGAUAAUGAAGGUUCGCAAACAGAGAAAGACUCUGAGAGCACUUUUUGACGGGGAGGAACACCGUCUCUCAGAGCUGAGGAUUGUGCUGCUGGGGGGGGAAAUGAGUGGGAAGAGUUCAGCAGGAAACACCAUCCUGGGCAGAGAGGAGUUUGACUCUGGAAUAAGAACUGCACAGUGUGUGAAGAGACAGGGUGAAGUAGCUGGGAGACAGGUCACUGUGGUCGACACACCAGGCUGGUGGAAGACUUAUUCUGUGAACGACACUGCAGAGCUGGAUAAACAGGAGAUUGUGCGCAGUGUGUCUCUGUGUCCCCCGGGACCCUGUGCUCUCUUCCUGGUCAUUGAUGUGAGCUCAGCAUUCAGUGAUACCGAGAGGAGAUCAGCGGUGGAACACCUGGAGCUUCUCAGUGAGAGAGUCUGGAGACACACUAUAGUGCUGUUCACCUGGGGAGACUGGCUGGGAGACACAGCCAUUGAACAGUACAUUGAGACUGAAGGGAGGGUCCUCCAAGAGCUCAUAGAGAAAUGUGGGAACAGGUAUCAUGUUCUCAACAAUAAGAACAGGGCUGAUGGGACUCAGGUCACAGAGCUGCUGGAGAAGAUAGAGGAGAUGAUGGCAGGGCAUGGAGGCUCUCACUAUGAAAUAGACAGAAUGCUCUUUCAAGAGGUGGAAGAGAAGAGGAGGGCAGUGGAAGAACGAGUGAAAAAGAGGAUGAUCAAGGUUCAGAAACGGAGAAAGACUCUACGAGCACUUUUUAAGGAGGAACACCGUCUCUCAGAGCUGAGGAUUGUGCUGCUGGGGGGGAGACUGAGUGGGAAGAGUUCAGCAGGAAACACCAUCCUGGGCAGAAAGGAGUUUGAGUCUGGAAUAAGAACUGCACAGUGUGUGGAGAGACAGGGUGAAGUAGCUGGGAGACAGGUCACUGUGGUCGACACACCAGGCUGGUGGAGUUAUUCUGUGAAGAACACUGCAGAGCUGGUCAAACAGGAGAUUGUGCGCAGUGUGUCUCUGUGUCCCCCGGGACCCUGUGCUCUCUUCCUGGUCAUUAAAGUGAGCUCAGCAUUCAGAGAGAAACGCAUCAGAUCAGCGGUGGAACAACUGGAACUUCUCAGUGAGAGAGUCUGGAGACACACUAUGGUGCUGUUCACCUGGGGAGACUGGCUGGGAGACACAACCAUUGAGCAGCACAUUGAGACUGAAGGGAGGGCCCUCCAAGAGCUCAUAGAGAAAUGUGGGAACAGGUAUCAUGUUCUCAACAAUUACAACAGUGCUGAUGGGACUCACGUCACAGAGCUGCUGGAGAAGAUAGAGGAGAUGGUAGCCAGGAACAAGGGUCUUUCCUUCAUUAUUGGGAAGAGUGACGAGAAAGGAAAUUAUAUGAGAAAGGAAAUUAAUGAACAGAAGAGCUUUGAGGAGGAGUGGAGCAGAAGAGAGGAGGAGCUGUUAGAGAGAGUGUCUCAGAUUGUGAUUGACCCAGAGAAAGAAGAAUCCAUGCUGCCAUUCAUGAAGCGGAGAAACAGCUUUCAAAUGUUACCUCCUUCUAUUCUCGGCGCUUUCCUCCGCCACCUGUGUCUCAAGAUCUCUAUGAAACUGGAGAAUGACAGAGGGACCAACAUGGCAGCUGCUGGUGUGACCUCUCAUCAUGCAAAGGAACACCAUCUCUCAGAGCUGAGGAUUGUGCUGCUGGGGGGGAGACUGAGUGGAAAGAGUUCAGCAGGAAACACCAUCCUGGGCAGAGAGGAGUUUGACUCUGGAAUAAGAACUGCACAGUGUGUGAAGAGACAGGGUGAAGUAGCUGGGAGACAGGUCACUGUGGUCGACACACCAGGCUGGUCGACUUAUUCUGUGAAGGACACUGCAGAGCUGGUCAAACAGGAGAUUGUGCACAGUGUGUCUCUGUGCCACCCGGGACCCUGUGCUCUCUUCCUGGUCAUUGAUGUGAGCUUAGCAUUCAGAGAGAAUGACAGGAGAUCAGUGGUGGAACACCUGGAGCUUCUCAGUGAGAGAGUCUGGAGACACACUAUAGUGCUGUUCACCAGUGGAGACUGGCUGGGAGACACAACCAUUGAGCAGCACAGUGAGACUGAAGGGAAGGUCCUCCAUGAGCUCAUAGAGAAAUGUGGGAACAGGCAUCAUGUUCUCAACAAUAAGAACAGGGCUGAUGGGACUCAGGUCACAGAGCUGCUGGAGAAGAUAGAGGAGAUGGUGGCAGGGCAUGGAGGCUCUCACUAUGAAAUAGAAAGAAUGCUCUUACAGGAGGUGGAAGAUAAGAGGAGGGCAAUGAAUGAUGGAGGGAAACAGAGGUUGAUGAAGGUUCAGAAACCGAGAAAGACUGUCCGAACACUUUUUCAGGAAGAGGAACACCGUCUCUCAGAGCUGAGGAUUAUACUGCUGGGGGGGAGACUGAGUGGGAAGAGCUCAGCAGGAAACACCAUCCUGGGCAGAGAGGAGUUUGAGUCUGAAAUAAGAACUGCACAGUGUGUGAAGAUACAGGGUGAAGUAGCUGGGAGACAGGUCACUGUGGUCGACACACCAGGCUGGUCGACUUAUUCUGUGAAGGACACUGCAGAGCUGGUCAAACAGGAGAUUGUGCGCAGUGUGUCUCUGUGUCCCCCGGGACCCUGUGCUCUCUUCCUGGUCAUUGAUGUGAGCUCAGAAUUCAGAGAUACACACAGGAGAUCAGCAGUGGAACACCUGGAGCUUCUCAGUGAGAGAGUCUGGAGACAAACUAUAGUGCUGUUCACCAGUGGAGACUGGCUGAGAGACAGAACCAUUGAGCAGCACAUUGAGACUGAAGGGAGGGUCAUCCAAGAGCUCAUAGAGAAAUGUGGGAACAGGUAUCAUGUUCUCAACAGUAAGAACAGGACUGAUGGGACUCAGGUCACAGAGCUGCUGGAGAGGAUAGAGGAGAUGAUGGCAGGGCGUGGAGGCUUGCACUAUGAAAUAGAUAGAAGACUCUUACAGGAGGUGGAAGAGAAGAGGGCAAUGAAAGAUGGAGUGAAACAGAGGUUGAUGAAGGUUCAGAAACCGAGAAAGACUGUCCGAACACUUUUUCAGGGUGGGGAACACCGUCUCUCAGAGCUGAGGAUUGUGCUGCUGGGGGGGAGACUGAGUGGGAAGAGUUCAGCAGGAAACACCAUCCUGGGCAGAGAGGAGUUUGAGUCUGGAAUAAGAACUACACAGUGUGUGAAGAGACAGGGUGAAGUAGCUGGGAGACAGGUCACUGUGUUCGACACACCAGGCUGGUGGACUCAUUCUGUGAAGGACACUGCAGAGCUGGAUAAACAGGAGAUUGUGCACAGUGUGUUUCUGUGUCCCCCUGGACCAUGUGCUCUCUUUCUGGUCAUUAAUGUGAGCUCAGAAUUCAGAGAUACACACAGGAGAUCAGCAGUGGAACACCUGGAGCUUCUCAGUGAGAGAGUCUGGAGACACACUAUAGUGCUGUUCACCAGUGGAGACUGGCUGGGAGACACAACCAUUGAGCAGCACAUUGAGACUGAAGGGAGGGCCCUCCACGAGCUCAUAGAGAAAUGUGGGAACAGGUAUCAUGUUCUCAACAAUGAGAACAGGGCUGAUGGGACUCAGGUCACAGAGCUGCUGGAGAAGAUAGAGGAGGUGGUAGCCAGGAACAUGGGUCUUUCCUUCACUAUACGGGAGAGACAGAAAGGUGAUGAGCAUAAUACCUUUGAGGAGGAGUGGAGGAGCAGAGAGGCAGGGCUGAUGGAGCAGAUGUUGAAUGUUUUGGUUGAGCCAGAGACAGAAGGAUCCACACUGCCAUUAUGGAAGAUGAGAGACAGCUUUCAUUUUCUUCCACCUUCCUUGAACAGAGGGACUCCAGCCCCCUCCAGUAACAAGGUGUCACAGUGGCUGAAAAGGAGCAAACCAGAGAGUUCAGCAUCAUCUGGAUACGGAACAAUGAGUUCUGGAGUGAGUGAAGUGGAGAAGGCUAACAGGGUGACACUGGAACAGGACAGUGAAAUAAGAAGAAAACAGAAGAGCUUUGAGGAGGAGUGGAGGAGAAGAGUGGCAGAGCUGAUAGAGCGGAUGUUGAAGGUUUUGGUUGAGCCAGAGACAGAGGGAUCCACACUGCCAUUAUGGAAGAAGAGAGACAGCUUUCAUUUUCUUCCACCUUCCUUGAGUGGAGGGACUCCAGCCCCCUCUGAAGCAGGCAGUUUUGUGUGGGAUUAUCAAUCUGCUCAUCAAUCUUCCAGUAACAAGGUGUCACAGUGGCUGAAAAGGAGCAAACCAGAGAGUUCAGCAUCAUCUGGAUACGGAACAAUGAGUUCUGGAGUGAGUGAAGUGGAGAAGGCUAACAGGGUGACACUGGAACAGGACAGUGAAAUAGGAAGAAAACAGAAGAGCUUUGAGGAGGAGUGGAGCAGAAGAGUGGCAGAGUUGAUAGAGCGGAUGUUGAAGGUUUUGAUUGAGCCAGAGGGAUCCACACUGCCAUUAUGGAAGAAGAGAGACAGCUUUCAUUUUCUUCCACCUUCCUUGAGCGGGGGGACUCCAGCCCCCUCUGAAGCAGGCAGCUUUGUGUUGGAUUAUCAAUCUGCUCAUCAACUUUCCAGUAACAAGGUGUCACAGUGGCUGAAAAGGAGCAAAUCAGGGAGUUCAGCGUCAUCUGGAUACGGAACAAUGAGUUCUGUAGUGAGUGAAGAAGAGAUAUCGGUAUACAACAGUGCUGGUGACACUUCAGACGAAACACUGUUCUCCUCGGUCCCCAUGUGGUAGAUUGUGGAGCUACUUCCUUAUCUUUUUUUAUAAAACCAGCACCCCAGUAUUUAAAAAAACAUUUAAUCUUCAAUGUUUUUGCUAAAAAUAUUUUCAUUCUUCUGAUGAGAGAUUUGUGUUUGUAAUCAAGUGUAGCUGAAAGGCCUAUGUACAAAACAAAAACAAAAUGCAAUUGAAAACUGUUUGUGUAGUUAUAACAUAUGGUGUGAUGUGAUGGUCUCCAUUAUGGAAAUUAUGAAACAUCUCUGUAUCUCUGUGUCUGGGUAAUGGCACUGAGUUGCAGGUUUGAACCUCGGCUAUGCCCAUGUCAUCAGCUCACUGACAGGGAGUCUGCUGUGGAAGGACACAGUUGGUCUUGCUGGAUUCCUCUGGUUAUUGCAGCACAGGUUCUGUGGCUCACUUUGCACACACAGGCUACAGGAUGAGAGACACUCCUCUCUGCUCUUUCUUUCAGCUGCAGUGCCCCUGGUGUGCAGGUGGUGUAAUUCAAGAAACAUUUAGAAAAUACUUUGUAUAUAAUAUCUUACUCACCAUUGUACCUUGUAUGCAAAAGCUGGCCAUCUCUGUAUGUAUGCAGGCAUACCCACUGGUUGAGUUUAAUGUACAAAACUCUCCUUGGACUAGUUCCCACUUACUUGUGUACGUCCCUCUCCAGAUGCCAAGGCUAAUAUAGUUUGCGUUCUCAAGAGACUUAGCAGUUGUUUGUUCCCUGUGUUCACACUGAGCUGGACAGAAAAGCUUUUAAAUAUGCUGCCACAUACAGGAAGAUUUAAAACUAAAUUAGAAUUGAUUUG